AAGCCGUCGAAGCGACGGCGGCGCGGCCGGGCUAGCUGUAGAAGAUACGCGAUCGCGCGCACACACACACACGCGCGCGCCUGCAGCGCGGGUUGUACGCUGUUUCGCUGCGUCUCGUCGAGCCUUCCGUCCGCGCCGGCGAAGCAGCGGAGGACGGGGAAGGAUACGAUCGUACGACCACGACACGGCGCCGGCAGUGUAACCUUCAUCGGCUCGCUUCCCGGGCGACUACGACUACGACGGAGCGGUUGCGGGUAUAGCCAGUAAAGCUGGCUGCCGGCUGACGGGAAAUCCACACCGACAAGCUCCGGCGUUCCGUGGAUCAAGGAUUACAGGAGUAUCGUCGGGACAACGACCUGCCUUAAGCGGUACAGAAGAAAAAGCUUCUUCAAAGCGCGCCUUAUAGCACACCGGAAGAACCACUAAAGGUGUAGUUGGCCUGCAGUGCAUCUUCAAGAACCGCUGAACAAGUCUGCUAUAGUUACAGCACUGCGACCUCCUCAAGUGCACCAGGGUCGUUCAAGGUUUGUCCCCGUAGGCCGUAGGCAAGUGGAGAAAGGAAUCAAUUAACUCAAGAGGCGCACCCCGAGCACGAAGGUAAACAAGUCUCACCGGUUGCAAGGCUUCUUUCAAGACCGCAGACAAGUCGAGUCACCUUCGAACGCCGUCUGAACGCGGACUUGGGACCACCUAAGGGCUACUCCCGCUAAGGGUAUCCCUCUGUUGUUCUGCUUGUCAAGAAGAGAGGUCUCGCCGUUACGUCUAAGGGUGACACAGGCCGUUCCGGUUGUCCGUCCUUCGCUCGGUGAGUUCAGCCGGUGCGCCCCAGUUCUGACGGCCCCGGAGGGCGUUUUCGCGGCACGACGCGUGAAAAAGUGGAUGCUUCCGACCUUGUUCGGCGAAGUACGGCGCUGCGACUACUGGUCCGAACACGAGGCCGUCCACCGCGACAACUGGGCUUCAAGCGAGUACUCCUGGCUCGUCUGUAAACAGAUAAAAUGCUGCAUAUGCUGAAGGGUCACCGGCUGCCCUGCCUGAAGGCCGUCCUAUCUCGCUGCUCCUCUGAGCUGCGCUCUGCGAGGUACAAGACAAUCGCCAUCCGGCGCGAAGAUGCGUCGCUCUGGGAACGUCGUGCCCCCCUGGCACCCCACCACGUGCGAGCGCUCGCCAAGAAUGGCGUCAAGGUCUACGUGCAGCCUUCCAACAGGAGGGCCUACCCGAUUCAGGCUUACGUCAACGCCGGCGCGGAGGUUCGCGAGGACAUCAGCGACGUGCCGGUCAUCAUCGGCGUCAAGCAGGUGCCCAUCGACCAGCUGCACCCGAACAAGACGUACGUGUUCUUCUCGCACACCAUCAAGGCACAGGAGGCCAACAUGCCCAUGCUGGACGUCAUCCUGGAGCGAAACAUCCGCCUCAUCGACUACGAGCGCAUGUGUGACGAGAACGGGUCGCGCGUGGUGGCCUUCGGCAAGUACGCCGGAAAGGCCGGCAUGAUCAACAUCCUUCACGGACUCGGCCUGCGACUGCUCGCCCUGGGUCAUCACACGCCGUUCAUGCACAUUGGCCCGGCCCACAACUACCGCAACAGCGGCAUGGCCAAGCAAGCCGUGCGCGAUGCCGGCUACGAGAUUGCGCUCGCCAUGAUGCCCCGGUCCAUCGGGCCGCUCACGUUCGUCUUCACCGGAUCCGGAAACGUCUCGCAGGGUGCGCAAGAUAUCUUCGAAUCCCUUCCCUGCGAGUGGGUCGAUCCGAGAGACCUACGUGAAGUGUGCGAGCAAGGCACCAUCACCAAGGUCUACGGCGCCGUGGUGAGCAGGGACGACCAUUACCGAAGGAUCGAGGAUGACCACUAUGAUCCCGAAGAGUGCGACCAGUUCCCCGAGCGCUAUUACUCCACCUUUUCCAAGGACAUCGCGCCAUACGCGUCGGUGAUCGUGAACGGCAUCUACUGGGCGGUCAACUCUCCCAAGUUGCUGACCAUUCCGGACGCCAAGCGGCUCCUGCAGCCCACCAACACUCCGUGGCUCCCGAGCAGCGCCGGCGGACCGUCUCUGCCUCACCGGCUGCUCGCCAUAUGCGACAUCAGCGCCGACCCCGGUGGCUCCAUUGAGUUCAUGAACGAGUGCACCACCAUCGACGCGCCUUUCUGUCUCUACGACGCCGACCAGCACAAGAACACCGAGAGCUUCGCGGGCCCCGGCGUUCUCGUGUGCUCCAUUGACAACAUGCCGACACAGCUGCCUCUGGAAGCGACCGACUACUUCGGGAAGCUGCUCAUGCCCUACAUCAACGACAUCAUUGCCUCCGACGCGACAAAGCCCCUGUCUCAACACCGAAUGUCGCCUGUCGUCGAAGGGGCUGUCAUCGCCAGCAACGGAAAAUUGACGCCCAGCUACGAGUACAUAGAGGAUCUGCGCAACACAUCGAGGUCUAUGAAGAAGGCGCAGAGUGCCACGGCUGCGAAGAUGAAGAAGGUGCUGGUGCUCGGCGCGGGCUACGUGUCUGCGCCUCUGGUCGAGUACCUGACGAGGGACGACUCCGUGCACGUCGUCAUCGGAACGGCAUUCCAGAAGGAAGGCGAGGCUCUGGCCAUCAAGUCACCGAACACCGAGUCCGUGGUCAUCGACGUGACGAAGACACCGGACGCGAUACAGAACCUCAUCAAGGACGCCGAUUUAGUGGUCAGGUACACCACGCCCCCAGGCUGCGUCCGCAGCUGCCGUAUGUGCACGGGCUUUCGGACAGCAGUUCUUUUUCAGCCGCCAUACCAGGCGGUCCGUAAUCAUUUCCGCUUGCUGCCUUACCCGCUGCACCCUACGAUAGCGCAAUACUGCAUCGCGCACAAGACAAACAUGGUGACCGCCAGCUACCUCACCCCGGAGAUGAAAGAACUGCACAGCGCAGCCGCUGACGCGAACAUCACGGUUAUGAACGAAGUCGGUCUCGACCCUGGCAUCGAUCACCUUCUGGCCAUGGAGUGCUUCGACGAAGUACGCAGGAAGGGUGGCAAGGUCGUAUCCUUCGUGUCCUACUGUGGUGGGCUGCCGGCGCCGGAACACGCCAACAACCCGCUUCGAUACAAGAUCAGCUGGAAUCCACGAAGUGCCUUUGUCAACUGCAUGGGACCGGCUCGAUAUCUCGAAAACGGCAAGGAGGUGGAAAUACCACCCGGUAGUCUGCUGGACAACGCCCAUCGCGUUCCCUUCCUGCCGGGCUUCAACCUUGAGGGAUACCCGAACAGAGACUCGCUCGUCUACAAGAGCACCUACGGAAUCAACAACGCCCACACCGUGCUUCGCGGUACGCUCAGAUACAAGGGAUUCUCAAGCGCCAUGAAAGGGCUUCAGCUUCUCGGACUUCUGGGCACCGAUCCUCACCCCAGCCUGCACCCGAGGGGACCGGAGAUCACCUGGCGCCUGUUCAUGACGACGCUGAUGGGCCAGCCGGACAACCUGCUCACCUCCAACAUCAAGAAUCUCAUCUACGACAGGGUGGACAAGUGCGAGUUUAGGACGAAAGCCAUUGAAGAUCUGGGCCUCCUCGACGACAUACCGGUCGAGAAGAAAAACACUCCCCUGGACACGCUCAUCUUCCACCUGUCCAACAGGCUUGCAUACGAACCUGGCGAGCGGGAUAUAGUCAUCAUGAGGCACGACAUCGGGAUCCAGUGGCACGACGAAAAGAAGGAAAUGAGGCACGUGGACAUGGUCACCUACGGCGACCCCAACGGCUACUCUGCAAUGGCGAAGACCGUCGGCUAUCCAGCUGCCAUCGCUGCCAAGAUGAUUUUGCAGGGCGAGAUCCAAGCCAAGGGCAUGGUGCUUCCGUUCGCACAGGAGAUCUACGGGCCGAUGAUCCAGCGACUCAAGAACGAAGGCAUUCGAUGCUCGGAAACGACCACGAAGAACUACCCCUAGCGCGUGCAGCCGCACCGUUCCUCGCAGAGUGACGUUGGUUAAAGGUGGACUCGCACGACGUGCAACAUCGCUGAAUCAUUCCGCGGAGCGAGAGUGGCGUGGCUCAACGCAGCGCGCAAGACCACGUGACGCUCCGUCCGCGAAAUGAAUCGGCAGUUUCGUACGUCGCGUGAAUGUGCUGUCUUCGAGAAGCGUGUUCGGCUUCAAAGUGCAGUGCCGGCGUGCGACCAGGCACGAGAAGAAACGCAAUUCGUGUUCAGUCGAGACGCUUGGAACUGCGCAAGUCAUCGAAGUCGCAGCACAGUGUGACGGGUCUUCCGCAGCCUUCACUGCCCUGCUUCCAUGUACAUAGACGUUGCCGCGCUUUUUGCGCCCGGACAACGUGACCAUAUUUUUUU